UUCUUCAUUACUCUCUAAAAAAAUAAGUGUCUUUUCUCUUUAUUCUUCUUCUUCUUCUUCUCACUCUCUCUCUCUCUCUCUUUAGGUUGGAGAAAAUGGAACCCAACAGAGCUCAGGGGAAGAGGAGCUUCAAGUACCAGAUGGGUGAGGAGAUGGAGGAGGAGGAGGAAGAGGAGGACGAAGACGACGACGUUUCGGGUUUAGGGUUCGGCAGUGGUAGUGGUAGUGGUGAUGAUAUGAUGAGGAAGAAGAGACCGGCGGCCAUGAGUAGUAGUACUUCUUCUUCAACCUCAUCCUCAUCUGGUGCUGCUGCUGCUGCUACUGCUACUAUUAGGAGAUCGGGAUCCAGUGUGGGAGGGUCCACGAGACCUUCUUCUUGUCAGGCUGACAACUGUAGCGCUGAUUUGACUGAGGCGAAACACUACCACCGUCGGCACAAGAUCUGUGAGUUUCACGCCAAGGCUUCCGUCGUCAGUGUCGCCGGACUCCAGCAACGCUUUUGCCAGCAAUGUAGUAGAUUCCAUGGACUGUCAGAGUUUGAUGACACUAAAAGGAGUUGUCGAAGGCGUUUGGCUGGUCAUAAUGAGAGGCGUAGGAAAAGCUCAUCUGACCUUCAUAAUCAUAGAGAAGGGUCCAAUUGAUGAGAACAAGAUUAUAUAUAUAUAUCGAUUAAUUAAUCUUAAUAUGAGAGCAGAACGAAGAUAAAUGGAGGAGUAAUUAGCUAUCUUUCCCAUAGUUAUUGACUCUUUCAAACUAGUAAUUAAAGUAGUUCAUCACUUCUGACCAAUUAUAAAGAUCGUAUGUGAUCCUAUCCCUUUUGAUCCUAUAAAAAUGCUCUCUCUCUUCUGUCAAACCCCUUAGCCACUAGCAAUAUUAGAACUAUAUAUAUAUAUAGUAGUACUAGUAGUGGUGCUCUUGAGAAAUGUUUGUACUUGAUGAUUGGAAACUGUGAUGAUCAUCAAAUCGAGAUUCUUAUUAUUAUUAUUAUUGUUUUUGUUAUAUAUGCUAAACAUUAUUUAAGGCAUUAAUUUAUUGGUCAUUCGUAUCAUCA